CAGUAGUGAAUCUCUCCACUCCACCCACCGCCGCAAUCCUCUGUGUCCCGUGCGUUUUGGGACGUACUAUAACUCGUGAAACUUCUCCGUCAGUCGCCAUGACAUCAGUUAUCGCAAUCACCCGUGGAGUCGAAGUACGAGGUCCCAAGGCCAGUACUAAUGACAAGCCAGCAGCCAUCGAGGAGACGGGACAAAGUAUACGUCUCUCCGCCAGAUCGGGAGAAUACACGAGCCAGACAUCGGGUGCCGCGCCCACAUUUGUUCAGGCCAACUUGAUCGUUCUUCCAUCAGAUUAUGCUUCGGACUUCCGCUUGCUGUGUAAGCGGAACCCCGUCCCAUGUCCACUCCUAGCAGAGUCCAAGGAAGUCGGGGAUUGGGACCAGCUACAGUCCUGGAUACCAGGUUUGACGGGCGAUCAAAUUGCCAAAGACCUCGAUAUUCGACAUGACAUUCCAAAAUAUAUGGUCUAUAAGAACGGAGUUCUGGAAAAGUCCCAUUGUAUCAAUGUCGCGGCAGAGUGGACGGACGACCAUGUUGGCUUUUUGAUCGGCUGCUCGUACAGCUUUGAAGCCGCGCUUGCGGCCGCAGGGCUGAUUCCUACACAUAUGGCCCACAAAAGGAACGUGCCAAUGUACCGGACAUGCAUCCCCCUUUGUCCAGCAGGGGGUUUCAAACGUACAACAUAUGUUGUUUCAAUGAGGCCUUACCGUCGCCGAGACAUCGAACAAGUGCGAGAAAUCACUCGACCCUAUGUGGCGACUCAUGGCGAGCCGAUUGAUUGGGGAUGGGAUGCUGUGGCUCGAUUAGGGAUACAAGAUAUCUCUCAACCCGAAUAUGGGGAGGCACCAGUCGGGAUAGAUGGCUCUCCACUUGUCGAAGGAAUGGGUACCGGGGAUGAUGAGCUUGUCCCUGUGUUCUGGGGAUGCGGUGUGACUCCUCAAGAAGCCAUACGCAGCGCUAAGCCAGAGGGCACAGUCAUAGCUCAUGCCCCUGGACAUAUGCUCGUCUUGGACAUCAGAGACUGGGACAUCAUUGCCGCCAGUAAAUAAUUUUGCACAUAUAUAGGGUGUGGAAAUCCUGUGUCAAGAAAUUUCAGGCUCGGAAAAGCGUCAUCUCGCCCGGCCAAUGAUAAUGCGGAGGCUACAUGUUGUGCUGCAAAUAAUAUGCCUCGUUGCGCAGAGUAUCCUCGAUCCAGACAGUGCUGUCUAUGUCCAUGUUGAUAUUUUUUCGUAUCUCUUCCCAAA